GACGCGUUUAAUAUUGAGUUAUAGUAUCUACUAUUUAUGAAGCUCAAACAUAUUACCCUGUCGAAGUUUUCUUUACAAAACAAUAAGCCAUAAAGUCAUAAUCUAUAGUAACACUUAAGAAACUACAUGAAAAAUGUCCUACAGGCAUAUCAGCAUAUUAGAAACCAGUCGCGAGAUGAGCAACUAUACAGCUCCCACACCUGAUGCAGGUUAUCGAGGAGUUAUGAUUAGAAUAAUGGUUGGAAUAGAGGUUGCAUGGUGGCUAAUUUUAACUAUCUAAUAUCAUAUUAAUAAAGGUAACGAACACGUUUUCUAUUAAUCUGCUGACUUACGUCGAUUUUGUGCCAAAAUGACCAAUUACUCAGUAUAUACAUGUAUUAAAUCUAUACUGUUUCUGAUGUUUAUAAUUUCGUUCUGUAUUCUUAUAAAGAACGUAAGGAUUGGACACAGUGGAGAACAAACAUUUACGAAACCUUUGACCUAUAUAGACGAAAUACAACAUGUGCGUCAGAUCUGUGGCGAACUUUGUAAUACAUCCCGUGUUGGUUAUCCGGACAAGUUUUUUAAUAAAAUUAUUUCAACGGUUAACUGUAAAGCAUUAUUUCAAAAUGAGUAUGUAGAUUCAAUGCACGGGUUUCCUUCGGCUCCAAGAAAUAUUCCUAAAGUUUUUCUUCUAGAUUUUACUAUGGGAGGACAAAUACAGGUUUAUAAAACCUAUUUUCAUCAGCCUUAUCUUGGAAAUAAUGCUAAAACUCCUGUUUGGACAAGACCAUUAAUCAAUGGGUAUUUAUCAAAAGCAAAAGUAGGAAAGUUGUUCGGUACUUAUGGUAUAUCUGAAACAAAUGCAUUACGAGAUGGACUUAAACAUGCACCGGGUGUAAAAAACGGACGCGUCUUAGUUAUUGGGUCGGAAAAGCCAUGGGUUGAAGCAUGCUUACUAGAGGCGGGAGCGAAUAAUAUCGUUACACUUGAAUAUGGCCAUAUACAGUCUGAGCAUGAGCAAAUAACAACAAUAGUUCCAUCGGAAUACAGACGUCAGUACUUAGAUAACACACUAGGAUUAUUCGAUGCAGUAGUAUCUUUUAGCUCGAUCGAACACUCAGGACUAGGAAGGUAUGGGGAUGCUUUAAAUCCAUGGGGUGAUUUAAUUGUAGUUGCUAGAGCAUGGUGUGUAACAAGGAACAAUGGUUCACUUGUACUUGGUGUACUUUAUGAUAUCAAUCAUGAUUUUUUAGCCUUUAAUGCACACAGGUGUUAUGGAAAAAAGAGAUAUCCUUAUCUGACUACGAAUUGGAAUCAAUAUUAUUUAGGAAAAGGAAAACAACGGGUUCAUGUUUUUAUAAAAUAACUGAUAUUACACCACUUAAAGUCAAUAUCUAUGUGGUUUAAGUAGCUUGCAAUCACAAAACAAUGCUUUUGAUUGAUUAUGCAUCAACUGAAAAUUGACUAGGUGAACGUAACAAGUAAUAUGAUACAGGUCGUUGAACGAAAAGUUUAACGACUAAUUUGAAUAAUCUGACGCAAUCACUGUCUGUUUCUUUUAGUUUAAUAUAGUCAAAACUAUGAUGAGCUUAUCCCCACUCAUACCCUAACAUUAUUGCUAUACUUGAUUUAUUUUACUUUUUUUAUCUUUUUUCUUUUCUAAGGUAAGAAUGCAUAAGGUUUAACAAAAACAGUAAAUAACAAAAGGUAAGAUAAUUGUACCAUCAAAACAAACUAGCCAUUUAUAGACUUAUAUCUAAAUCAUGGCUUUAUUGUCCAAGGUCAAGUUGACUCUUUUGUUUGUCGUUCAGAGAGACAAUACGUUGUAGGGACUAACAAAUGUUCAGAGGCAAGCUGGGAUGUUGCAAUAAUAUCAGUGUUCACUAUCUGACUCUCUGUGAAGCGCACGGACCUAAAUUUGGAAGAAUUUAUGAAUUUGUUCUUAAGACAUUCCGUGUAGUAUUGACAUCAUAACACCACCGCCACAUGCUGUUUGCUGUGUUUGUCAGUGGUUUCCAAAUUACUUUCAAAAUGAGAUAUUCAAAUAUUUACUAUAUUCAUACAUUUAUCUAAUGAAGAAUCAAGGGAUUUUUUAUAAAAUUCCUGCCAUUGAUUCAAUGGGAUGAAAGAUCAUCUUUAAUGGCGAUAUCAGGUUAUUGUCGACUUGUAUGAGUUUGAAUGUUUCUUUGGUAUCUUUCGCCUCUCUUUUAAUGACAUGAGGAUACUUUUGCCAAUUAAUUAUAGAUUGAGGACGAUAUGUUUGUCCUUUUGUAACCUCUGUACCUUGAACAAUGUUGAAGUCAUGUGUUAUAAUGAGGAGCAUUAGAUUUUAAUAAGUUUUACAGUUUUAAGUUGUA